UCUCAGAAGUUGUUCAUGUGCAAUUUUGAUUUUUUGGAGCAGGCGAAUGGACUGGCCAAACAAGCACGACCUGAAGAGGUGGAGCCAAAGGCGGAGUCUAAUCACCAGGCAGAGUCAUCAGUACCUGAUCAGGUGAGAGAGGAAGUAGAGCAUCUGUACAGUCUGCGCAUGCCGCCCGACUUCUACCACUUCUGGGAUUUUUGCAGAAGACUGUGUCCGGAAAACCCACAAGGUGCCCUGCUCGACUCUGUGGGUGUGCGGUUAGUUGGGCCGUUUGAUGUUGUGUGUGGUAAACACAUUCGUGUGUCUUCAACACCCAACUUCCACCUGCACUGGAGACAUUACUACGACCCCCCUGAGUUUCAGACUGUCCUCCAGGGGGACACGACUACUGACCUCCACCUGGGAUAUUACAGAGAUAGUCCUGAUGCCCUCCCGGUGUUUGUGGGGGAGAAUGAGGCGAAGAAGGGCUGUACCAUCACACAAAUGGGGGAGAACCUCUUUGCUGCAGUGCUGCUGUUAUUAGGCAGGAAGAAGCGUGAGCGAAGUAGGCGGGGCAAUGAAGCUCUGGAGAAAUUGGAGGUGGAGUUAAGGAAGGAGGCGGAACAUCUGGGUUUGCCACUGGAGCAGAAAACUAAAGCCAUGAAGCUGAGAGACAGGAAGGUGGUCUGUAAGACAUUUCAUGGUGCUGGUAUUGUAGUGCCUGUGGAUAAAAACAACGUGGGAUAUCGAGAACUCCCUGAGACUGACGCUGGACUGAAGAGGAUCUGUAAGGCAAUAGUAGAGGCUGAGGAUGAUGAUGAGAGGAUGAAGGCUUUCGCUCCUCUACAGGAAAUGAUGACAUUUGUGCAGUUUGCUAAUGAUGAGUGUGAUUACGGCAUGGGCUUCGAACUGGGCCUUGACCUCUUCUGUUACGGCUCACACUACUUCUCAAAGGUGAUUGGCCAGCUGCUGCCCAUGGCGUACACACUGCUUCAGAGAGGUGUAUUUGCUGAUAUCAUAAAGGUUCAUCUGGCUAACCGUUCUCAUGACAACCUUGACCAGCUGGCAGCUGUAUGAUGGGCGGAGUUACAUCCGUGUGUGUGUGUGUGACGCCGCUGCAGAGUUUGGCCGACUCGUGUUACUCCCAAGUUCCUGUUUGUGAGUGAUGUUCAUCCUUUAAUGCUUAAUAAAGUUUUCUUCAUUGUGA